AUGGGAGUGUCCUACAUCUUCAAUUAUCUUUUCUUCGUCUUCGUCUUAUUCUUCCUUCUCGUCUUCAGAUUCGUCUACAGUAACAUAUGGGUCCCUUGGAGAAUCCAAUCCCACUUCAAGAGGCGGGGCGUGACGGGACCUUUUUACCGGAUAUUCACCGGAAACUCCGCGGAGGUUAGCCGAUUAACGGCGGAGGCGAAAUCAAAGCCGAUCCCUUCCGGCGACAACCCUCAUCAUUUCGUCCACCGUGUGGCGCCUCACUACCACGCGUGGUCACGUGCCUACGGGAAGACGUUCCUCUACUGGUUCGGAGCGAAACCGGUGGUCGCCACGUCGGAUCCGAGACUAAUCCGGGAAGCUCUGACAACGAGCGGGUCGUUUGAUCGAGUCGGACAUAACCCUUUGUCUAAGCUGCUCUAUGCUCAGGGACUUCCUGGUCUGAGAGGCGAUCAAUGGGCUUUCCAUAGAAGAAUCGCCAUUCGAGCUUUCACCAUGGAGAAAGUCAAGAGGUGGGUGCCACAGAUGGUGACAAGUACUAUGACGUUGCUGGAGAAGUGGGAGGAGAUGAGAAAUGGAGAAGAGGAGAUUGAGAUAGAGGUACACAGAGAGAUACACGGUUUGUCUGCGGAUAUGUUAUCAAGAACAGCUUUUGGGAACUGUGUGGAAGAAGGGAAACAAAUCUUUGCGUUGCAGGAGCGUAUGAUGCGUCUCUUCUAUCUAGUUCGAUGGAGCAUUUAUAUCCCCGGUUUCAGAUUCUUUCCUUCAAGGACAAAUAGAGAGAUAUGGAGGAUCGAGAAACAGAUCCGUGGUUCUAUCGUGAGACUAAUCGAAAACAACAAGAAGACAGCCGCUGAGAAAUCAGGGACUCUGCUCCAGGCUUUUAUGUCUCCUAACACGAAUCAGAAUGGUCAAGAAGAGAAGCUUGGGAUUGAAGAAGUUAUAGAUGAAUGCAAGACUUUCUACUUCGCAGCUAAAGAAACAACCGGUGAUCUUAUGACUUGGGUUCUAGUCCUUUUAGCUAUGCACCAAGAAUGGCAAGACAUUGCUCACGAAGAAGUUAUACGCGUCCUCGGACCAACCGAGUUUCCCACUGCAGACACCUUACAAGACCUCAAAACUAUAGGUAUGAUAAUCAAUGAGACUCUCCGGCUCUAUCCUCCAGCGAUGACACUAAACCGUGACACUCUAAGGAGAGCUAAGCUCGGAAACCUUGAGAUUCCUGCAGGAACUCAACUCUAUUUAUCAGUCAUCGCGAUGCACCAUGACACAGAAACAUGGGGAGACGACGCGGAGGAGUUUAAUCCGCGUAGGUUUGAAGACCCUAGGAAACAGUCAGCUCUGCUUGUGCCGUUUGGGUUAGGGCCUAGGACUUGCGUGGGACAGAAUCUUGGAAUGGUUGAAGCCAAAACGGUUCUUGCUACGAUCUUGAGGCAUUACAGCUUCAGGUUGUCGCCAAGUUACGUCCAUGCUCCUGUUUUGUUUGUGACCUUGCAGCCUCAAAACGGUGCUCAUCUUCUCUUUAGUAGGAUUUCGAGAUAA